GUCCCGGCCUCCUGCCCGCCCGCACCGACCCGUGCGGGAGGGAUGGACGGGCGGGCUCCGCUUCUUGGAGAGAAACGCUUCCCUGUGCUUGGCGAAGGCGCGUGGCCGGCUCCCCUCUCCCGGCCUCUCUCCCUUCCCGUGGCUGGGGUCCGCGGAGAGCCGAAGCCCCUCCGCCGCCGAGCCGCAGGUGCCGUGCGGCAGCGGCGUGGGGCAGGGCUGGGCUCCGCUCCUCGCUGCUGCCCUACCUUUCCCACCCUUCGCGAGUGAGAACUUUGCCACAAGGAGACGGAGAGUGAGAGAAAAGCGGCGGGCAGGUUUUCUGCGUGUCUGCCCACCGAUCCUCUGCCUUGUCACCGCGACUUCUGCUCUUCGAAGGGGCUGUGUGCCCGCUUGGCUCUGGGGAGAGUGUGGAAGGGGCCGCGCGGUCGUUCCCUGAUCAGGGAAGUGCUGUGCAGCCCCAGACACAGACCUGGCCGACAGGGAAGGAUCCAGUCGCAGGGCAGAGGAAAUGGUGUGCCGGGUGCAAUGGCUGAUACCCAGCUUCUUGCCUCUCCAAAGCAGAUUAAUGUACCAAUUAUGUGAAGAGAAAAAAGGAAAAAUCAAUGAAAAGUCGCUUGAAAAGGACAGUUGGAGAGUUGAUGAGCAGCUUCUGGAGUUGUUUGACUUGGAUCCUGACCUGCUGCCCCUUUUCCAGUACAACUGCAAGCAGUUUGCCAGCCCUCAGGAGUGCCUCUCUGCCCCUGAAUUCCUGGAUCACAUCAGGAAGGUGAUGCUGGUGAUUGAUGCUGCUGUGAGCCACCUGGAGAACUUGUCCUGCCUGGAAGAGUAUCUGUGCAACCUUGGCAAGAAGCACCAGGCAGUUGGUGUGAAGGUUGAGUCUUUCUCGACUGUCGGCGAGUCCUUGCUGUACAUGCUGGAGAAAUGCCUUGGUGCUGCCUUCAGCCCAGAGGUGCAGGAAGCUUGGAGCAAACUCUACAAUGCUGUGGUGAAAGCCAUGCAACGUGGCUGGGAGACCCUUCCAGAAGGGGACUAGAUCCUGCCAGCCAUCCCUGUCCCUGACCAUGCAGCAGUCCUGAGCACGGGGAACACUCACGCCACACUCUCUGCCUCCCCCCACCUCUGUCUCCCAGUGUGCACCAGCCCAUGGCUGUCUCCACGCUCACACGUGCUGUGGGGCUCUCCCGUGAUUCCACCCUGCUUCAACACGAGCGUGUCUCUGCCUUUGCUAAGGGCUGGCAGGGUGCGUCCCUGCAGCGAGGCCUGGCAGUGCCACAGCACAGGUGCCACCCUGCCCCGAGUUCCUUAGGGAGCACCACCACCCAUGUACCUACUCUGGUUUUCAGCUUGCUCAUCUUCCCUCCUCUUGCACCCACCCUAGUUAGGUGACAGCUGGCACAGGCCUCUUGGGCUUAUUUGCCUGAAACCCUGUUUGCUGUGCUUUACCUGCCAGGUCUGACACUCUUCAGUCCUCCUGCACUGCUGUACCUGGUUCAGCUGUGGCAGUGAUGGGUUUGGCUCCAUGCAGGGGGAAAGGCAGCAAGAGGGCGGGUCACACCACGUGGCUGUCCUCAAACCUUGCAGAGUUUUCCCUCUCUCCCUUCACCAACACAUUACUACCAGAUGGUUAAUCCCAGUGCUUUCUUCUGCCUUGCCUCUGAUCUGGAUGGGAUCCCUGGCUUUUCCCCAUGUCAGGUUGGCCACAACCCAGUAGGUUUCCUAGGGAUGCUUCAGGCAGUGGUGUCACAUUAAUCCCAAGAUGAGACUGUGUUUGGCAGGGCUGGGCUGCCAGCUGAAAGGCUUUGUGUUGAUUUGGCCAGUUGGCUUAACCUUAGAGCCAUCUGAAAUGCAGCAGCAGCAGUGUCUGUUUACUGCUUUAUGUUAAGGAAAAUAAAGUAAAUCCAAGGAAAAGAUGUCUUAAAAUAAAAAUGAAGGUUGCAAUCGUGCCAUGGCAACAACUUCCAGAAAUUCUGGCUCUUGGCCAGAGGAAGCAUAGCUGGAAUCUUUCUGCUGAUGCUGUCAGAAUCUGGAGCGCUUCCCAGCUGCUCACAGUACCCAUCUGCAGAGUUCCUCACCCUCAUAAGACUGAGGAGAUAGCAUCUGCUAGAAGAAAUCCCAGAGAAUUGCUGAGAGGCAGCACCUGAGGGCUCUGGUGAGGGGGUUGAAUGUGAGUGCUUUGAGAAAGAGUUCAUCUUUAUGAGGAAGUCACUGUGGAACAAGCAGAACCAUGCUUCUAGCCACCACUAGCCCCAGAGCAAGGACAUGGAGCAAUUAUUCAGUUACAGGCAGCACUUUUUUUGUUGCUUCUUCUUCAGGACAGGAGGAGCCUGGUGUUGAGGUCUGACAUGGUACUGUCCUGGAGAUACAUUCCUCCUAUUCUCAGAUGUCCUUCACUCUGGGGCACGAGAAGGCUGCCUGCUCAGCGUGACAGGUCUUCUAGGCCCAUGCCAUGGAGGGGAUGACGGGGUACCCUGUGAGAUGGAUCUCUAGUUCCCUGCUGCAAGGCCAGAUGGUAGCCAUGGGCUUCUAGCAUGUAAAGAACCCUCCAGCUGUGUUUGGGACACAAGCUAAUAGGUGUGAAACAGGCAGUGAACAUCCCCAUGUUCCUUGUCCUCCCCAUGGGACUGUGUUCUGCCUCUGCAGCCCUGCAGUGUCAUGGUGUGUGUCCUGGCCUAUGGCUCUCUCCAUCAGCUGGGUCAGGUGAAGUCCUCCCCAUUCUUGCACCUGGCAGUCAGGGAUGGAGGAGCUGGGGCUGGGGUGAGACACAACUUUGAUGGCAUGAUAUGGGGCACGAGGGUUUGGGAAUGGGGAUGUCAUCUUUGCAACCCUGUUAUGGGGCAUCAGCCUUCAGCAUCAUGGGAGUGGGACACCUUCUGGCUCCGUGUGACAAGUACGCAGCUGUGUGAUGGGUGGGGUGUGGGUGUUACUGCCCAAACCAUCCCUGCUCCCUCUAGCCUUCCCAGCUCCUUGUCUUCUGCUCUUCUGUGCCACAUUUUGUGUAACUCCCAAGAGAACUGAACUACUCUAUGUGCCUCUUAUACCCAGCUGUACUGUUUAUUAAAGAACAACAGUGAGUCUUA